AUCUGUUCAACAUUUUGAGCUUCUCUCUCCGAGUCUGGACCUACCUAUCAACAUGAUGACAUCACAUCUGCUGGGUCUUGCUCUGCUGAUGUCAAUGACAGUGUACCUCUCAUCAGGCAGAGCUGUCAGUCAGGACACGGUGGAGGUCUCCUCUGUGUCAGGUCAGGACUCCACCCUGAUGUGCACUGCUGAACACAAGCCUGGGGUGCAGUACGUCGCUGUGAGGUGGUACAAGCUUGAGAGCUAUCCGUCUCCUCAGCGCAGCGGCCUCCUGACCAGAAACCUCCCCGAUGGCACAACCAAAUUGUACAAAGGAGUAUCCAGGCAGGUGGAGCUGCAGGAUGGAUCCCGUGACAUCUUCCUGCCCAACGUGACGUGCAGCGAUGGUGGCGUCUACCUGUGUUACCUGGCUGCACCCGUGGGAGAGCAGAACCGAGAGGGGGAAGUCCUUCUAACUCUGACAGAUUGUCCUGCUGCCCCCAUCAAUGCUGAAGAUCCUCUGUUGGCGGAUACAGUCAUGGUUAUUUUUGCCUCUGCGCUGCUGGUUUUAGCACUUCUCAUAUCCUUCAUAAGCUACAGAUGUUUGAAGAAUACAAUCAAAGAAAGAAAUCAGACAAUCAAGAAGGAAAUCUUGCUGGAUGCUCCUCUCAAACCGCUGGAAAAAAAGGACUUGAUGCUGAUUUACACUUUGGGGCCCAAAACAUCCACGAUGAAACACGUCUGUGUCUGAGGAUUGUCUGAGGAGUAAAACACCACAGUCCUGCUUACAGCUCGCCGGCACGUUUGUUAAAACAAGAGAUGAGGAGGUGACAAAUGGAGCAGCGAUCAGAACGACAGGAUGCUGCAUGCGGGUCAGACCUGUGAUCGAUGAAGGUGCUUGGUCUGUUUUUGCCCAAAAACAGCUGGAAAUGGAGCUAUUCAGCAUGACAGCAAUGCUUGGACUCUCCACGUCUCAAUCAAAAACAACACAAAUACACUAUCAGCUGCUUUAUAUGCAUUGUAGUUGGGUUAAGUCUAUCUGAGUAGGAAUGGAAAAGAGAUAGAUGCUCCUUUUUUCAAAGUAUUAGUUCUCAUUAUGAUAUUUAUAUAUUUCAAAAUUGGUGCUUUUCUUUUUGCUCCACCUUUUCAUACAUUUACAUUUCUUCUCAUAUAAAACCUGAAAGUUCUAGCUGAGAGACCAAAAGGAUUUAUAAUUAUACCUGGAAAUUCAGAGCAAUGAUAAUUUUUUCAACUUAUACAUUGAGUAAAAAAACAUGGUUUUAUUUCUCCAAUAAUUCAUAUCUACAGACAGGAAGUAUACCUAAAGAGGUACAUUUUUUUGAGUCAGCUCACCCCAUUGGAAAGGAAGUGGUUAUAUAGAGAUAUAGGAUGAUAUGCAGCACAGCUGAUUUGUAAUUAAGAGUGAAACAGUUCUUAUCAGAGCUAUCUGCACUUAGGAUACUUAAUCUGAUGCUAGAGUUAAAAAAAAUAAUUCUGAUGUGCAGCGUUGUUAUUCAGCUGAGACUCUAUGGGGAUGUGCAUGUGCUCUGAAGGAGUGCUGGACUAGUAUUUAGAGAGUAGGCUGUCUAUGUCUUGGAAAAUCCUUGGAUUGUUAC